CUCAUUAAUCGAUGGAAGAAGCUGCAAGCUCGAGAAAGAUAGGUAGCACAUUGAAAGUUCCUAGCGUUCAAGAGCUGAUAAAGCAACAAGUAGCCGUUCCGCCGCGAUAUAUUCGUGAUGAUAUUGAAAUGCCUAUGACAUCAUCCAUUUUACCUCAAGUUCCGGUCAUUGACAUGGAAAAACUGCUGGCCAUUGGAAAUGAUGGUUCAGAGCUUGAGAGGCUUCAUUUUGCUUGCGUAGACUGGGGAUUUUUUCAGUUGGUGAAUCAUGGAGUGAGUUCAUCAUUAGUGGAGAAGGUGAAGUUAGAAAUCCGAGCAUUUUUCGAUCUACCAUUGGAAGAGAAGAAGAAGUUUGAGCAGGAAGAAGGGGAUGUUGAAGGAUAUGGGCAAGCCUUUGUUUUCUCUGAAGAGCAAAAACUAGACUGGGCAGACUUGUUUUAUAUGACCACUCUCCCUACCCGUUUGAGAAAACCUCACUUAUUCCCAAAGCUUCAUGUCUCACUUAGGGACAUCAUGGAAGCACACUGCCAAGAAUUCAAGAGCCUAACAAUAAGCAUUUUAUGUCAAUUGGCAAAGGCUUUAAAGAUGGAUGAAAAGGAAAUGAAAAAUCUGUUCACAGAUGGUAUGCAGUUAAUAAGGAUGAAUUAUUAUCCUCCUUGCCCUAAGCCAGACAAAAUCAUUGGCUUAAGUCCUCAUUCUGAUGCUGAUGCCCUCACCAUCCUUCUCCAGCUUAAUGAAACUGAUGGUCUCCAAAUUCGAAAAGACGGUAUUUGGGUUCCUAUAAAACCCCUCCCAAAUGCUUUGAUUGUUAACGUUGGCGAUAUGAUGGAGAUAGUGAGCAAUGGUGUUUAUAGGAGCAUUGAGCACAGAGCAGUUGUAAACUCAAACAAAGAGAGACUAUCUCUUGCAACAUUCUAUAUCUUUAAUCUCGACUCUGAGUUAGGUCCUGCACACAGCCUCAUUGGACCACAUAAUCCUGCAAAAUUCCGAAGUGUUCGUGUAGAAAAAUAUUUACAGGAUUUUUUUGCACGAAAACUUGAUGGAAAAGCGUUCAUUGAUUGCAUGAAGCUAGAGACCAAAGAUGACGAAUCCUAGGCCGCAUUUGAUACUCUACUUGGUUUAUUAACUUAUCAAUAUCACAUGAAGCAUUUGUAAGUUACUCUUCCAGCUUGCUUGGAUGGUUCUUACCCAUUGUAUUGUAUUAAUAUAUUGUAUUGUAUUGUACUAUUCUGUA